ACUGAUAAUUAUAAACGUUUAUUGGCUGACAGAAUUGAAUCGCUGGAGGUUGAAAUGAACGCUAGGCUGUGGAGUGAAAUUCCUCUGUGUGUGAAAGUAGGGAGGGCUGAGCUUAACACGAGGUUUUGGGCUUUAGAUGUCUACGCUCAUAUACUGAACACCCCAGUCCGUAAGAAAAAUAAAAUUUUUGGGGUUUUAUUUGUAAUAAAUAUCGCGUGAGACCAUCGAAGUGAUGGGGGGAAAUAUUAGCUCGCGCCACGUUUCCUUCGACCCUGCAUUUGAUGAGGAGGGGGUUACAUUCGUGAAGGGCAUUAGGCUUUCACAAAGAGUGAUUGAUCGUAUGAAGGAGUCUCCACCUGUGGUUCACCCGCAAGCUUCACCCAAAUCUUCCACCCAGUCAACAGCUCCUGUAGCUCCUCCGGUCGAGCGAUUGGUUCCAGGCGAACAUCAAGUACCCAUAAUCCCUCAUCCUCCCUCAUAUGCCAGUACUUUGGUUCCUCCUCCUGUUUCAGUGCCAAUAAAACCUUUAGUGCCUUUAGUAACUGGGACUGAGGAAACAUCUGCACCACCUUUAAAUCUCGUAAAGUCACCUGAAAGUCUUCCAAACCCUCCACCUACAGGUGAUGAGCAUGUAGCUAUACUUGUACCUGACCCUCAGCCUGCUGUGCUGCCUGCUGAACCCAUAAAUUCUCCUUCACCAGUGUCAAGUGAACCAAUAACUGCUUCUCCACGAGUGGAACCCCUAACACCUAUAGGGUCCUCGGUUGAACCUGUAACACCUAUAGGGUCCUCUGUUGAACCCCUAACACCUAUAGGGUCCUCGAUUGAACCUGUAACACCUAUAGGGUCCUCUGUUGAACCCCUAACACCUAUAGGGCCCUCGGUUGAACCUGUAACACCUAUAGGGUCCUCUGUUGAACCCCUAACACCUAUAGGGUCCUCAGUUGAACCUGUAACACCUAUAGGGUCCUCUGCUGAACCCCUAACACCUGUAGGGUCCUCGGUUGAACCCCUAACACCUAUAGGGUCCUCUGUUGAACCCCUAACACCUAUAGGGUCCUCGGUUGAACCCGUAACACCUAUAGGGUCCUCGGUUGAACCCGUAACACCUAUAGGGCCCUCGGUUGAACCUGUAACACCUAUAUGGUCCUCUGUUGAACCCCUAACACCUAUAGGGUCCUCAGUUGAACCUGUAACACCUAUAGGGUCCUCUGCUGAACCCCUAACACCUGUAGGGUCCUCGGUUGAACCCCUAACACCUAUAGGGUCCUCUGUUGAACCCCUAACACCUAUAGGGUCCUCGGUUGAACCCGUAACACCUAUAGGGUCCUCGGUUGAACCCCUAACACCUAUAGGGUCCUCGGUUGAACCCGUAACACCUAUAGGGUCCUCGGUUGAACCCGUAACACCUAUAGGGUCCUCUGUUGAACCCCUAACACCUAUAGGGUCCUCGGUUGAACCCGUAACACCUAUAGGGUCCUCUGUUGAACCCCUAACACCUAUAGAGUCCUCUGUUGAACCCCUAACACCUAUAGAGUCCUCGGUUGAACCCGUAACACCUAUAGGGUCCUCUGUUGAACCCCUAACACCUAUAGGGUCCUCGGUUGAACCCGUAACACCUAUAGGGUCCUCUGUUGAACCCCUAACACCUAUAGAGUCCUCUGUUGAACCCCUAACACCUAUAGAGUCCUCUGUUGAACCUGUAAUUGUAUCUGCUGAAGAUCUUGUUCCAUCUGCUGAACCGAUUGAUCCUAUAGAAACUCCAUCAUCUCUUACUUUAGCUGCUCCGCCAACAUCUGGCGAGUCCAUGGACUUACCUGUUGAACCUGAGGUUUCAACCUCCCCAAUCUCCAUACCUGCUCCUAUUCAGUCUGUCUUGGAGGAGUCUGCUGUUUCGCAGUCAGGCUCUGCUUCAUCUGUGGUUUUGCCUGAUGAAAUGCCUUGCAAGAUGCAAAUAGGUCCAAUUUCCACGGGAGAUCCUGCAGUUCCUCGUGUUCACCUGGUUGAGGAACCUGUUGCGCCACAACUCAAGGUCUUUCCACUGGAAACACAUGCUGUGAAUGAGGAAAAGCUCAAAAGGCAGCUCAGAGAAGAUCUCCAGAAGCUCCUGAAUGAGGAAAUGAAUAUUGCAGAGCAUAACAUGAGACAACAGCUGGAGGAAGAGAAAGCUAAAGCGAAGGCCCAAGCUCAAGCUGCAGCCCGACUCCAGAUUCAGGACGAGGUCCAGAAGCUUCUGGAAGAGGAGAAGGCAUCCUAUCAACAGACCCUGGCAGAUGCCAUUAGGAUGGAGAAACUGAAGGUUCAGGAUGAGCAUCUCAUAACUCAGUAUUAUUGGAUGGAGAGGAAGGCUCAGAAGCUGGAGGAGAAGGAGAAAGAUCUGGAAAAUCAGGAGGCUUUGUUUCGGGAGCAGAUUGCCAAGAUGCAGGAAAAGAUGGCUAGGUUCACAAAAGUUACUGCUGAAAAUUACAAGAAAGGCUUAGAGGAUGCACACAAGCGCUUCAGGCGAUGCCAAAUCAAACCAGUGUGUUCAGAUCUGCAGAGUCAGAUACUGAAGUGUUACGCUGAGAAUAAAGGUCAGACUAUGAGCUGUUCUAACAUCGCGUCACUGUAUAUUCAGUGUGUGGACCGUGCCAGACAGGAUAAAAAGCUGAGCACCGGAGGUUAGCUCACUGGGCUGAACAUCAGAUGAGAAGGCCAUCAAUGCAAACACACACACAUUAAAAAUUAUUCAAUUAGUUUAAUUGUUAAUUACACAUUUCAGCAGGUUUAAAUAUGCCUUCUCUUGAAUAUGAGCCAUUAUCGGACCACUAUGGAGAAAUACCUCAACUGGUUCCAGACUCUGUGAACUCCUAAGCUAAAUGGUUUCAUGUGCUAUCGAGUGCUUUGUUUGUGUGUGGAGACAUAGUGAUUUUCUUCUGUGUUCCUUCUUGUUUUAAAAUAGUGCAUGACCAAAAAGUACAAAGCGAUGCACAAUCUGGAAGCUGUUCUUUGAUGACAUGUUUUUGCAUAGUAAAAAGUUUGUCUUUUUCUUUGAAACCUGAUAUUAUAGGUAUUUUGGACAAAUGAUUGAAAUCCAAGCUGUGCUGCUAAAAGCCGGUCAAAUGUGUAAAAUGGGUAUUAAGGAAUAGUUCACCCAAAAAUAAAAAUUUGCUGGAAAUGCACGCAUGUUCAGGUCAUCCUAUAUGUAGAUGAGUUUGUUUCUUUAUCAGAUUUGGAGAAAUGUAGCAUUGUAUCAGUUGCUCUCCAAUGGAGUGAAUGGGUGCCGUCAGAAUGAUAGUUCAAACAGCUGAUGAAAACAUCACAUUAAAUCAAAAACACAAAAGGCAUGCAAAUUAAAAAGUGCCAUGUUUGUAAGAAACAAAUCCAUCAUCAUGUUGUCUCAUCUGAAUCGGGAAAGAAAUAUUCAAAGAUCAAGCACAGUUCACAGGUGAGACAACUAUAGGGAAUG